CCUCCCUGCCGUCCGGCGCAGACAAUGGGCCCCUCAGCACCGGAAGCGAACGGUCUCGGCUGCCUCGCACAUUCCUCCGCGGCGGAAGCGGGGCGGCCCCGCCCUCCCGGGCUCGCUGCCUGCCUUGUCUUGCGGUCGCGCCGCAGCGUGUCCUGAGGGCCGGCGAGGAGAAAGAGUUUCGAGUUCGGGUCUGGCAGAGAGGCGCUUCUGGGAGCGGCGGGCCCAGGAGGCGGCCGGCUCCUCCGUAGCAGGAGCGCGCUUGCCAGAAGCGUGGCCGGGGGACUACUUUUUGGAUCGGAAGGCAACGCUUGUCUCUGCUUCCGGGGGAGGGCUCAGAGCGUUCCGCGUAACUUCCGGCGAGCUGGAACGCGAGUGAGAGGGGCUCGGUCCGGGGGGAGACAGCCCCGGGGGACGGGACAACAACACUCGGCGGGAGCCGCCCCCGCCGCCCCGCACCGCCGCCUCACCGCGCUCCGUCCUCGCCUCUUAUCCCCUCCCGGCGACCGUCUUGCCCGGCAGCAGCUACCGAAGGAUGCGCUUCGGCCACCGGUCCAGCUCCGCCGACCUCCUUUAAGGGCCCACUCCCGCUGCCCCUCUCCGCCCUGUCCCGCCGCGCCCCUCGGUGCUCUCCCCUCGUCGUCGGUGCUCUCUCCGUGCGGCCAUGUCGGGGGGCGGUGGGCCGCGCUAUGCGGCCGAGUUCGUUCCGCCGCCGGAGUGCCCGGUCUUCGAGCCCAGCUGGGAGGAGUUCAGCGACCCGCUCGGCUUCAUCGGCCGCAUCCGCGGCUUGGCCGAGAAAACGGGCAUCUGCAAGAUCCGGCCCCCCAAGGACUGGCAGCCUCCAUUUGCUUGUGAAGUGCAAAGCUUUCGUUUCACUCCGCGAAUUCAGCGCCUGAAUGAACUAGAGGCAAUGACAAGAGUGAAGCUGGACUUCCUGGAUCAGUUAGCAAAAUUUUGGGAACUCCAAGGAUCUAAUCUAAAAAUCCCUGUGGUGGAGAGAAAAAUACUGGAUCUCUAUGGUCUCAGCAAGAUUGUUGCCAGCAAAGGAGGCUUUGAAGUAGUUACUAAGGAGAAGAAAUGGUCUAAAGUGGCAAGUCGACUUGGCUACCUCCCAGGAAAAGGCACUGGGUCGUUACUCAAGUCUCAUUAUGAACGAAUCUUGUACCCCUAUGAGCUCUUCCAGUCUGGGGUCAGCCUUAUGGGCAUCCAGAAGCCAAACUUGGACCUUAAGGAAAAAGUGGAGGUUGAGGAGCUCAGCUCAGAUGCCCAGGUUUCCCCAAAGCAGGCUUCAAGGAUGAAUGUUGUGCUGAAGAGGACCAGGCGCGUCAAGUCCCAGGCAGAGGCUGGAGAAAUGAGUAGAAAUACUGAACUCAAGAAGCUGCAGAUCUUUGGAGCUGGACCCAAGAUGAUGGGACUGGCGUUGGGAGCAAAGGAUAAAGAGGAUGAGGUGACACGGAGGCGGAAGGGAACCAGAUCAGAGGCAUUCGGGAUGCAGAUGAGGCAGCGCAAGGGAACGCUUUCUGUCAACUUCGUCGAUCUGUAUGUUUGCUUGUUCUGUGGCAGAGGAAAUAACGAGGACAAACUGCUGCUCUGUGAUGGAUGUGAUGACAGCUAUCACACUUUUUGCUUGAUUCCUCCUUUACCUGAUGUACCCAAAGGGGACUGGAGGUGUCCCAAGUGCGUUGCUGAGGAGUGCAACAAACCCCGAGAGGCCUUUGGAUUUGAACAAGCUGUCAGGGAAUACACUCUGCAGAGCUUUGGUGAAAUGGCUGAUAACUUCAAGUCUGACUAUUUCAACAUGCCAGUCCAUAUGGUUCCCACUGAGCUCGUAGAGAAGGAGUUCUGGCGCUUGGUGAGCAGCAUAGAGGAAGAUGUGAUUGUGGAAUACGGAGCUGACAUCUCCUCCAAGGACUUUGGAAGCGGCUUCCCGGUGAAGGAUGGUCGACGAAAGCUGAUGCCAGAGGAGGAGGACUAUGCACUUUCUGGUUGGAACUUGAACAACAUGCCAAUUCUAGAACAAUCAGUGCUUGCUCACAUCAAUGCAGACAUCUCUGGCAUGAAGGUGCCUUGGCUGUACGUUGGGAUGUGCUUCUCCUCAUUUUGCUGGCACAUUGAAGAUCAUUGGAGCUAUUCCAUCAACUACCUUCACUGGGGCGAGCCGAAGACGUGGUACGGUGUGCCCUCCCACGCCGCAGAGCAGCUGGAGGACGUGAUGAAGGAACUGGCUCCUGAGCUGUUUGAAUCCCAGCCUGACCUCCUGCAUCAGCUGGUCACUAUCAUGAACCCCAACGUGCUGAUGGAGCAUGGUGUCCCAGUUUACAGGACCAAUCAGUGUGCUGGCGAGUUCGUGGUGACCUUCCCUCGUGCCUACCACUCUGGGUUUAACCAGGGGUACAACUUUGCUGAAGCUGUCAACUUCUGCACUGCUGACUGGCUCCCCAUUGGACGCCAGUGUGUGAGUCACUACCGAAGGCUGGGCCGUCACUGCGUCUUCUCCCAUGAAGAGUUGAUCUUCAAGAUGGCUGCAGAUCCAGAGUGCCUGGACGUUGGGCUGGCUGCCAUGGUCUGCAAGGAGAUGACUCUAAUGAUAGAGGAAGAAACACGGCUGAGAGAGUCUGUUGUACAGAUGGGAGUGUUGAUGUCUGAAGAAGAGGUGUUUGAACUGGUUCCAGACGAUGAGCGUCAGUGCACGGCUUGCAGAACCACGUGCUUCUUGUCAGCUCUUACAUGUUCCUGUAAUCCUGAGCGUCUGGUAUGCUUAUACCAUCCAUCUGAUUUAUGUCCAUGUCCCAUGCAGAAGAAGUGUCUAAGGUACCGCUACCCUCUAGAAGACCUUCCUUCCUUGCUGUACGGAGUGAAAGUUAGAGCACAGUCUUAUGACACUUGGGUCAGUAGAGUUACAGAGGCUCUGUCUGCCAAUCUCAACCACAAGAAAGAUGUGAUUGAGCUGAGAGUAAUGUUGGAGGAUGCUGAAGACAGGAAGUAUCCAGAGAAUGAUUUGUUCCGCAGGCUCAGAGAUGCUGUGAAAGAAGCAGAGACCUGUGCUUCAGUAGCACAGCUGCUGCUGAGUAAAAAGCAGAAGCACAGCAGACAAAGCCAAGACAGUGGAAGGACACGGACCAAGCUGACUAUGGAGGAGCUGAAAGCAUUUGUGCAGCAGUUGUUUAGCUUGCCCUGCAUUAUCAGCCAGGCUCGACAAGUAAAGAAUCUGCUUGAUGAUGUGGAAGAGUUUCAUGAGCGUGCUCAAGAAGCGAUAAUGGAUGAGAUCCCAGACUCCUCCAAGCUGCAGGAACUGAUAGAUUUGGGCUCUGGCCUUUAUGUAGAACUCCCUGAACUGCCAAGGCUGAAACAAGAACUGCAGCAGGCAAGGUGGCUGGAUGAGGUGAGGUCUACCCUCUUAGAUCCUCAGAGGGUCACCCUGGAUGUGAUGAAGAAGCUGAUUGACUCGGGCGUGGGCUUAGCACCGCACCAUGCUGUAGAGAAGGCCAUGGCUGAGCUGCAGGAGCUGCUUACAGUCUCGGAGAGGUGGGAGGAGAAGGCCAAGGUCUGCCUGCAGGCCAGACCACGCCAAAGUAUGAUGGCUCUGGAGGGCAUCGUGAAUGAAGCCAAGAACAUCCCUGCUUACCUGCCCAAUGUGCUGGCACUGAAAGAAGCCCUGCAGCGGGCUAGAGACUGGACAGCCAAGGUGGAGGCCAUUCAGAAUGGGAACAGCUAUGCCUAUCUGGAGCAGCUGGAGAGCUUGUCUGCCAAGGGCCGCCCCAUCCCGGUGCGCCUGGAUGCGCUGCCGCAGCUGGAGUCGCAGGUGGCUGCGGCGCGAGCCUGGAGGGAGCGCACGGGAAGGACCUUCCUGAAGAAGAACUCCAGUUACAGUCUGUUGCAGGUUCUGAGCCCUCGCACUGACAUUGGCAUUUAUGGGAGCAGCAAGAACAGGCGGAAGAGGGUGAAGGAGUUGAUGGAAAAGGAAAAGGAAAAAGAUCUGGACUUGGAAUCCCUAAGUGAGCUGGAGGAUGGGCUGGAGGAAGCCAGAGACACUGCAGCUGUGGUGGCUGGAUUCAAGGAGAGGGAGCAGAAGGAAAUCGAAGCCAUGCAUGCUCUCAGGGCAGCUAACCUGGCCAAGAUGAGCAUGGUGGAUCGGAUCGAGGAGGUCAAGUUCUGUAUCUGCCGCAAAACAGCCAGCGGGUUCAUGCUGCAGUGUGAGCUCUGCAAGGACUGGUUCCACAGCGGCUGCGUGCCCCUGCCCAAGACCACCUCGCAGAAGAAGGGCUCGAGUUGGCAGGCCAAAGAAGUGAAGUUCCUGUGUCCGCUUUGCAUGCGCUCUCGAAGGCCACGGCUGGAGACCAUCCUGUCGCUGCUGGUGUCCCUGCAGAAGCUCCCGGUGCGGCUGCCGGAAGGCCAAGCGCUGCAGUGCCUGACGGAGCGCGCCAUGAGCUGGCAGGACCGGGCGCGGCAGGCUCUGGCCACCGAGGAGCUGUCUUCUGCUUUGGCUAAGCUCUCUGUGCUCAGCCAGCGGAUGGUGGAGCAGGCAGCACGGGAGAAAACGGAGAAGAUCAUCAGUGCAGAGCUACAGAAAGCAGCAGCCAACCCAGACCUGCAGGGACACUUAACUAGUUUCCAGCAAUCAGCCUUUAACAGAGUGAUAGGGAGUGUGUCCUCAUCCCCACGGCAGACUUUGGAUUAUGAUGAUGAAGAGACAGACUCUGAUGAAGACAUCAGGGAGACAUAUGGCUAUGACAUAAAGGACAAUGCCAGUGUAAAAUCUUCUAGCAGCUUGGAGCCCAAUUUGUUCUGUGACGAGGAAAUCCCAAUUAAAUCAGAGGAAGUGGUGACACAUAUGUGGACUGCUCCAUCAUUCUGUGCUGAACAUGCAUAUUCAUCUGCUUCUAAAAGCUGCUCUCAAGGUUCUAGCACUCCAAGGAAGCAGCCUCGGAAGAGCCCACUUGUACCUCGCAGUUUGGAGCCCCCUGUGUUGGAGCUGUCACCUGGAGCCAAAGCUCAGCUUGAAGAUUUAAUGAUGGUAGGAGAUCUGCUGGAGGUGUCACUGGAUGAGACUCAGCAUAUAUGGAGGAUCUUGCAGGCUACUCACCCACCCUCUGAGGACAGGUUCCUUCAUGUCAUGGAGGAUGACAGCAUGGAUGAGAAGCCGUUGAAAAUGAGAGGGAGAGACUCUUCUGAGAGGAAGAGGAAAAGGAAGCUGGAGAGAGCAGAGCAGUUCUUUGGAGAUAUGAAGCAAAAAUCUAAGGAGCUGAAAAAACUGGAGAAACCCAAGAAGAAGAAGCUAAAACUCACCAUGGAUAAGACAAAGGAGCUGAACAAGCUGGCAAAGAAACUGGCGAAGGAAGAGGAGCGGAAAAAGAAGCGAGAGAAGACAGUUGUCACAAAGGUGGAGCUAGUAAAAGAGAGCACAGAGAAGAAAAGAGAGAAGAAGGUUCUAGAUAUUCCCUCUAAGUAUGACUGGUCAGGAGCAGAAGAGUCAGACGAUGAGAAUGCUGUCUGUGCUGCGCAGAACUGCCAGAGGCCCUGCAAGGAUAAGGUGGACUGGGUGCAGUGUGACGGUGGCUGCGAUGAGUGGUUCCAUCAGGUUUGUGUGGGGGUCUCUCCAGAGAUGGCAGAGAAUGAGGAUUACAUCUGUAUAAACUGUGCAAAGAAGCCACUGCAGGGACAGAGCAGCCCUGCUCAUGCACCACCCCCUCCUUUCUUACUGAGCUACAAACUACCAAUGGAAGAUCUUAAGGAGACAAGUUAGCAACUGCUUGAUGCCUGGAACUUGUUGGGAAAUGGACCACUGAAACCCUAAGGAAAGAGGGGGUUUGAAGCUAAUGUAGCCACCGAGCUUCACUUCCAAGGAUGUACAGACCUGCAGCAGAGUUGGUCCCUUCCUUACAGCCGGCUUCCUUCAUACAAUGGAGACGUCAAGGCACAGCAGUACCGACUCAUCUAUGCAGACACCACCUGAGUAGCAACUCCAGCCAGUGUUUUUCCCUCUCUGAGUGUGGCUGUUGCAAACUCUGAGCAAACUGGAGGCUGUUAGAUUAGACACUCGAGGGCGUUAGUAGUAUGUGUUGGCAGCGGGGCUGGCCUGCAGUUGGUAAGCAUAGGCUGGAGCUUCUAGGCCUGCCAGGUUACCUGAAGGAGGUGACUGUGGAAGUUAUCUUCUGCCUCCCCAUGCCAACCCAGUGAGUAGGGCAGUGUCUUUGGAGAGUGAAGUUGCCUCCAUAGCCAGGCAGCUAGCACUGUGCUUACCAGGAUGGGAGCAAGUGGAUGAAUUCCUUUUCAUUUCUCCCUCGUAGCGAAAGGGCAGAGGAGCUCAUGAUCUCAAAUCAUCAAAGGUUCUGGGUACCAAAAAGAAACCCCAACUCAGCUCCACUAAGCAAAACGUUUUCCUUAGUGAGGAGCAGCUGAUCUGCCUGUCCUAAGGAGGAGGGCCAGAACACAUUGAUAGCCCCUAGCUGAAGCAGAGCCUGGGAAGGGCAGAGUGCUUCCUUUUCCACAGGGCUGCCCUCUCCUCUUCUAGGCUUUGCUUCGAGUCCCACACUCCCGCACGUAAAAAGGAGCUGGCAAGGAGGUACAGCACCCAGGGCAGCAGCUUCUAUGAUCUGUCCCCAGGGUUGGGAGGGAAGGAAGACAGCCCACUUACCUCAGAGGUGACACUGACACGUGCUUCUGUGAAAAGCUCCACUCACAACUCUUUCCAGUAUCACCAGGCUACGGGCAGGGCCUCGGGCGAUACAGCAGACAGUCUGGAGAUUCAGUUAGCAGCGCAGACCCCCUCCCUGCUGGCUUUGCUGGGUGUCUACCAGUGUACAAUCAGCAACAGGUCUUGUUCAAAGUUGCCCCUUUGCCUUGCCAGAGGAGCCAGGGGGCUUGGGGUCGUCCUGGGUGACACUUGUUUUAGUAAAUCCGUUUUUAAAGAAGGACUUGUUUUUACUUUUUUCUAAAUGUCUCAGACUACUGACUUGUUCUAUAAAUAGAUUAUUUUUCUUUGAGUUUUUUAUACUUACCACUGUUAACCAGCAGCACAGACAGAGGUUCACAAAAGCAAAAACCUGCCCCUGGGCUUGGGUUUUUUUACUCCAUUCCUUCCUUGUAGUACAAGGAAUUAGCAGUUACCUUCCCCAUUCUAGCUUGACCAGCUGCCUGUGUUUAAAUAGGUAAAUACAUUUCAUGUGCUACCUUUGUGUUUAGGUUUGUUCCUGUUAGUGGGGCAUCUGGGCCUUAAUGACUCCAGUGGGUGCUGGCUUUGUGUAUGUGGAUGUCUGAAGCCAGCUGCUGAGCUGUCUCGUCCCCCUCUCCACUCGCUCCCUAUUGUGUUUCCAUUCUUCUGCAGUCCUAGGAGUGUUGUAAGUAGUGUCCAGUCUUACUAGGAGCUGGUUUGGGAUUUAAAAGAAAUAUUGACAAAACCAAGUGUGUUCUGUCUUGACUGUUCUGUGUCCCUUCUCUCCUUCUCUUGUAUUUGGAAGUUUAUUUAUCUGGCAGGAUUAUCCAUCCAAAAAAGUACUCGGCUCAGGUAAAUGAACUUUUCUCUGUUUUAUUUGUGCCUGCUAUCUGGGAAGAGGAAGAUGUGCAAAAGAAGAAGAACUGAGAUGGAGGAUAGAAGAAGGCUCCUGGGAGCUUUGAGCGCAGAUUGGGCACAGACUUCUGAUUCCUGCUCCUCGAAGACUUAAUGUGGUGUUAAAAGCAGAAGCAAGCUGCGGUUAAGCAUGCGGCUGAAGGGGCACCGUAGCAACCUUCCGAGUAUUCUUUGUUCCCUUAUUUAUGAAAGUGUCUAUGCUGGAGCUAGACGUACCCUCCUUUGGCCUCCACUUAACAUUUUCCUCCUCAGUGUGUGCUUUCUUUGGGCAAACUGCUUUAAACAUGUUCCUGUCCCCCAGGCUUUAACCUGAUGGUACUACGUAAUGUUUCCCUGUAUGGAGUGGAUAGAUUUACCAAUCGCAGGCAUUUUAAUCCUUCUGGAAGCAGAUAGUGCAAGAGUCCUUAAAGACCCCCAGCCUUCUGCAGUCCUUCCUGACUCCUAGAGUCCCUGCAGGAAGGGCAAAUGCAGUUACAGCGUGUCCUGUUAGCCAUUCAGCUGUCCUCAGCGUUCCUCCUCUGUUGUGAUCCGGGUGUCUGCGUCGCUGCCGUCAGCCGGGAAGGAGACCUGGCGGUAAAUCUACACCCAGCCUUCCCGCGGGAGUGCCAGGGGUGGCAGAGAGCACAGCACAGCAAGGAGGAAAGCAAACGGCUGCGUGAUGCCGCGCUCGGUCCUUCAUUGCGCUUGGAACGGGCACGGCAAGGAGGCACCAGCGGGAAGAGAGGCGCAAGCCAGGUGCGGAAGGUCCUGGGUUUAGCGGUUGUGUGUCAUCGCGCGGCUGCCGCACCUCUGCCCCUUACAGAUGUCUCGCCUGCUCUCAGGCCAAGUGUUCACAAACUGAAGACCAUUCUUAGCUUUACAUCUUAUUGUUUUAAGCUUCCUUUUUAAGAGCCUCGUUCCUGUCGAAGGAUUGCUGAGAGUAUUGACCUUACCCAAUAAAUGUUAACUUUUGGAAAA